AAAUUCAGCAGGCAAUCAAAAAAGCUGAGGAAAUGGGCGUCGGCAAAACCCAGAUACAGACGCUCCGGAAGCGAAAGGCCGACAUUUUGAGUGACUUUGAAAACAACAUGCCCAAUUCUUCAAAACGUCGUCGUUAUCUCACAGGGAAUGAAGAAGUCAACGACCUUACACUGGCAUGGUGUCGUGAUGUAACAGGAAGAAACAUCAACCUUACAGGUCCAAUGAUACAGACAAAAGCAAUUGAAUUUGCCCAACAGCUGGGAAAGACUGAAUUUAAUGCCUCAAAUGGUUGGCUUGACUCUUUCAAAUUAAGAAACAGUAUAUCAUAUAGGACCAUGAGUGGCGAAAGAGGAGAUGUGAAUGUUAAAACUGUGGAAGAUUGGAAAUCAAAAUUAAAAACUCUUCUUCUAAAAUUUUAUAUCUAUAAUACAUUGUAUUUGUAUAAUUAUGCAUGUAAACAUUUUUAUUUCUAAAAACAUUUUAACCAUAAUAAAGUAUUUAAAUAAAAAUUACCUUUUAUCUUCAAAAAACCAUAUUUAAAUAUUACAUAUAUGUAACACAAAGAAAACACAAUCAAAGAAAAGACAAACAAGUAAAAAUAGCAUUUUGAAACAACUGAUGAUUUUUUUGGGAACCUGGAUUAAAAGACUCCCUGUCAUAUGUGACCUUUUUGAUAUGGUCCCAUGGAAAGUCACAUAUGACAAGUUUUA